CUUAACUCGGAAGCUGCCGCAAGAGGAGCAUGAUAAAGCAAUGUAAUAAUAAUACCCCCAGGGGAAAUUGGGGGUUGUAAGAAACAGCCUAUAUACAAUGACGUAGGCUGCUGGCUGUUUUAAUUCUGAAGCUGCCGCAAGAGGAGCAUGAUGAAGCAAGAUGACCGACAGUGACCCAUAGAUUGUAUAAAGACAGUGACCUCAGUCAAACGUCCUAGCAGUUGUUGUGCCAUUAUCCACAUCGACCAAACAUCAUUAUUUUUUAUCGUCGUGAUAGAUCUUUACCAAAUAGCCUGACAUUCUUUUGAAGAAACAUCGCCGAGGAAAGCGGACUGAUUUCGCCUUUCUGAGACUGCCCGCUAGUGCUUUCCCUGCGCAAAAAAAAUGGAUAAUGGCAAAGCAUCGGAUCAGAAAAGAACAGGCGCUUGCCAAGAGAAUGGUUUGACAAAUGGAUUCAAGCCUACACAAACUGACAACGGGAGCUGCAAUGUUUUAGGUUCAAACGGAACCAGUAGCAGUGGUUGUGGCGGGUGUAGUAGUAGUAGUAGUAGUAGUAGUGGUGGUGGUUGUAGCCAUAAUGGAAUUGAAAAUGUCCACCAUCUUCAGGAGGAUGCCCAUAAUAAUGGGUCGCCUCCAAAGCGGUGCAGACUCAGGAGAAGAAUGGAUUCUGGCAAAAAGAACCGACCGCCCUUCCCCUGGUUUGGGAUGGACAUCGGCGGCACCCUGGUGAAGCUGGUUUACUUUGAGCCUAAGGACAUCACGGCAGAGGAGGAGCAAGAGGAGGUGGAGAGCCUGAAGAGCAUCCGCCACUACCUGACCUCCAAUGUGGCCUACGGCGACACAGGCAUCCGCGAUGUCCACCUAGAGCUGAAAAACCUGACUAUGUGCGGCCGGAAGGGCAACCUGCACUUCAUCCGCUUCCCCACCCAAGACAUGCUGGGCUUCAUCCAGAUGGGCAGAGACAAGAACUUCUCCAGCCUGCACACCACACUCUGUGCCACCGGCGGAGGGGCGUACAAGUUUGAGGACGACUUUAGGACGAUCGCCAACCUAGAGCUACAGAAGCUAGAUGAACUGGACUGUCUCAUCCAUGGUCUUCUCUAUGUGGACUCAGUGGGGUUCAAUGGCCAUCCAAAGUGCUACUUUUUCGAGAACCCCUCUGAUCCAGAGAGUGAGAACUGUGUCAAGAGAGCGUGUUGCCUUGACAACCCCUUCCCCAUGUUGUUGGUAAACAUUGGCUCAGGGGUCAGCGUCCUGGCAGUCUAUUCGAAGGACAACUACAAACGGGUCACAGGAACCAGUUUGGGAGGUGGUACUUUCCUAGGCCUGUGCUGCUUGCUGACUGGCUGCGAGACUUUCGAGGAGGCCCUGGAAAUGGCAGCGAAGGGGGACAGCAGCAACGUGGACAAACUGGUGAAGGACAUCUACGGAGGAGACUAUGAACGCUUCGGUCUCCAGGGGUCUGCAGUUGCAUCUAGUUUUGGUCAUAUGAUGAGCAAGGAGAAGCGUGUCAGCAUCAGUAAGGAGGACCUAGCCCGAGCCACUCUCGUCACCAUCACCAACAACAUUGGUUCUAUUGCUCGUAUGUGUGCGGUGAAUGAGAAAAUUGAAAGAGUGGUGUUUGUUGGGAAUUUCCUGAGAAUCAAUACUGUGUCAACGAAGCUGCUUGCGUACGCCAUGGACUUUUGGUCCAAAGGACAAUUAAAAGCUCUCUUCUUAGAGCAUGAGGGUUAUUUCGGGGCCGUCGGUGCCUUCCUGGAACUACUGAGGAUAACAGAUGACCUUUGAGACAGAAACCCUAACUCUCACCACAAGACACUGCUACUCUACGGUUUCGGAAAAGCUACUGACCGCACGAAAAGGGGAAAAUACAUUUGAAUAAUUUAACUGUUUUAAGAGGUUCUACCAAUUAUCCUCCUCCUUGUCUGCUGAUGUUUUAGAAAAUUGAUUUUUAAUAUUAUGAAUGCAGGCUGGAGGAGAUGAGGUUGGUGUUUUAUUUGCCACUGAAAAGCAAACCUGGGUACUUAUUGUUUAUAAAAACCCUAACUGUAUAUUGAAUGUGUGAUUAAGCCAAACGCUACUGAUCCCUGAUCCUUCGUGUGUUUUUGCUUUUGUUUACUUUUUUUGUGAUCUGAGACCCCCCCCCCCAAAAAAAUAUCUUAUUGGUCCCUUAUUUGUUUAAUUGAAAUUGUAUAAAGUACUUACAAGAUGUAAGUAGAUACAUUGAUCUUUAAAGCAUUAGCUUACAACUAGCUUUUGCACUUUUUUCUAAUCAAUCGUCCUAUCCCAAUGUUCUGUGAUAUGAUUUGAGAUAUAAUCAAAUAUAUUACCCUACCGAA